AUGCUUCAGUAUGCCCAGAAACGAGUGAAUGGAAUCCAAGAUCUUGAGCGCAAGCUAAAUGAGUUUGGGUACCGAGUAGGAGCUCGGCAACUGGAACUAUUGUCAUGGAGGGAGAAAAAUGCUAAGCGCGAAACACGAGUCCUUGGUGUACUGUAUUUCAUUCACAGUGUGGUAUGGAAGACGUUGUUCGGAAAACAAGCCGAUUCCCUUGAAAAGAGCACAGAAAAUGAAGAUGAAUACAUGAUUUCAGAUAAUGACCCUGUUCUGACGCGCUAUAUUUCGGUGCCAAAGGAGCUCUCACAGUUAAACUGCAACGCUUUCAUUGCCGGUAUUGUCGAAGCAGUAUUAGAUGGAUGCCAAUUUCCUGCCAGAGUAACGGCUCAUUCUGUGCCUACGGAUGCUCACCCAUUACGAACAACCAUUUUGAUCAAGUUGGAAAAAGAAGUCCUUCAACGAGAAGAGUUAUUAAAGUAA